AUGGCUAUGGACUUGAGGGUGGGAAAUAAAUACCGGAUAGGAAGAAAGAUCGGCUCUGGCUCUUUUGGUGAUAUUUAUCUCGGUACAAACAUUAUUAAUAAUGAAGAAGUUGCCAUCAAACUUGAAUCUACGAAAGCUAAACAUCCACAAUUAGAAUAUGAAGCAAAAGUUUAUAAAACACUGGCCGGUGGUGUGGAUAACUUUUUGAUGGGGAUUGGUAAACGCGGUAAUCAAGUCAAUGUUAUCGAUUUCGGUUUAGCGAAAAAAUACCGCGAUCCAAAGACACACUUACACAUCCCUUAUAGAGAAAAUAAGAAUUUAACAGGUACAGCUAGAUAUGCUAGCAUCAAUACUCAUUUAGGUGUCGGCUAUGUUAUGAUGUAUUUCUGUCGUGGUUCGCUUCCAUGGCAAGGUCUCAAAGCUGCUACUAAGAAACAGAAAUACGAUCGUAUCAUGGAGAAGAAAAUGACUACACCAACGGAACUGCUUUGUCGUACUUUUCCCAAUGAAUUUGCUAUCUAUUUGAACUAUACACGAUCGCUUCGAUUUGACGACAAACCUGAUUAUAGUUACUUGAGAAAGUUAUUCAGGGAUUUAUUUGUCCGUGAAGGCUUUCAAUAUGAUUAUGUUUUUGACUGGACAAUUUUUAAAUAUGCAAUGCAUCCAUCAUUGCCAAUGCCUGAUGAUGCAAAUGUUGUCGCUGAACAACCUGAAGAAGAUCCUAAAAGUCAGAAACACUCUGCUAUGCGACAAGCCAAUAACACAAGCAAUAUUGUAGCUGCACCAAGUAGUAAUCGUAAACCUUCGAGUAAGCAAGUUUAUUCAGGUGCCGCCGGAAUUAGUUCUACACGAGCUAACACGUCACCACAGCAACCCAUCGCUAGUGGGUCUUCGCGGCUAACGCAAACUCCAAGGCGUAGUAACAAGGGCCAAGAUGCUAGUGCUCCAACAGUAGAAAAUAACAGAGUUAUGACUUCGGAUAGACUGUAA